AAACAGAGAGCACUUGAAAUGAAAAAAUAAAAAUAGAAAAUGAGAGAGAGAAAUCAAGAAAAGAUGGACAGGGGACCCUUGAGAUUUGAAGUGGGGAGAGCAUAAAUUGUAAACUGUAUGAUAAAAAUAGGAAAAUUUGGAUUAGGGCUUUGCUUCGACUAAGCAGAUAAUGGGGAGAAAGAAGGUAGAAAUAAAGAGAAUCAAAGAGAAAAGCUGUAGGCAAGUUGCUUUUUGUAAAAGAAGGAAAGGUCUAUUGAAGAAAGCUAAAGAACUGUCUAUACUGUGCGAUGUUGAUGUUGCUGUUGUUAUCUUCUCCAACAAUGGCAAACUCUACGAAUUCUCCAACACUAACAGUCUGACAGGGAUCCUUCAACGAUAUGAAAGCCACGUCGAAGCUGAAAAAGAGAUCUCUGCAGAAAUCCUGGUGGAAGAGCACUCUAAAUACUCAAGGUUCAUGACAAUGGGAGAACUGUUACAAACAACAGAAAGGCAACUUGAGGAAACUAAUGCUGAUGGUCUCGCAGUGACUGAUCUUGUCCAUUUGGAAAACGAACUUCAAACUGCUCUAAUACAAGCCAGAUCUAGAAAGACACAUUUGAUGCUUGAAUCUGUUAAGGGUCUUCAUGAGAAGGAAAAUCUGCUGCUAGAGGAAAACAAACUUCUGGAGGAUAACAUAGCUAGGAUCAAGAAAAACGGAACAGUGAAUGAGAUGUCACCACCCCACAUAAUUUGUGGACAACAGAGAGUGACCCUCAAUUUUCUCUAGUGAUUAUCGUUUGUAUCUGUCAAAUAGCCUUGCCAGAGGCACCAGGGGAAUAACCUGCAAAGGUUAUGUGGUUCCUGUGUUUGGUAUCAUGUUGUACAUGAAAUUAGCAAAGUCAAGGUGUCUUAAAAAAUAAUUAACAAUAAUGUGCAGUUUCAAUAAAAUUAAUUGUUCAUCUGUAUGACCGUGUAAUUUAAAAGGUGAAGAUGAGCUUUGACCCUCAGGUUUGUGUUUUAUAUAUUCAGCGUUUUCAUUGCCUCCCUUAUUAA